ACAUGGCCAUGACUAUUUUAGCUUGAGAUGGCUCCCCGAAACGCAUGGAGGCCCUUCGAUUGGUCAGUGUAAAGGAACGUUUGAGGGGAUGGUAGAAGAGUUUCAAGGACUCCAUCACCGCCAUCUCUUUGUGCUUCUCUUUCGUUUGUGGUUCUUUACAAUGGAUCGUAUACCUCGCAUGCGCUUGAAGUUGCUGCUUGUCUUUGCCGCAAGCUGCUUUGCUGCAGCGUUGGCUGACACAGACCCGCAGGAUGCUGCGGCACUUCUCUCUCUCAAGGCACAGUGGCAAGGAACACCACCAAGCUGGGAGGCGUCAGACCCUUGUGGUGCUCCCUGGGAUGGAGUCAAUUGCUCCAAUUCCAGGAUAACUUUCCUGAAGUUAUCCUCCAUGAAUUUGAUUGGAACCAUCGAUGGCAUUGGGUCACUCGUUCAGUUGAAAGUCUUGGACUUGUCUUCAAAUCCCAACCUGACGGGUCCAAUUCCACGAAGUAUAGGAGAACUAAUCAACCUUGAAACACUAAUCCUGACUGGCUGCGAUUUCAAGGGUAGUAUUCCUGCAGAAAUAGGAAAUCUGGGAAAGUUAACGCUUCUGGCACUGAAUGAUAACCAUUUAAGUGGCAGCAUACCAGCUUCACUGGGGAGGCUCUCGAACCUUAGGACGCUUGACCUUGCAUACAAUGAACUCACUGGAUCUAUACCUAUCUCAUCUGGUAGUGAACCUGGUUUAGAUUUGCUUUUUGCUGCAAAUGAUUUCAUUUUAAGUAAUAACCAGCUCUCAGGCUCCAUACCGCCGCAGCUUUUCAGUUCAAAAAUGAACCUAUCACACAUACUAUUUUAUGCAAAUAAUUUCGCUGGUGAAAUUCCUGAAACAAUAGGGCUGGUUCAAAGCCUCAAGAUCCUUCGACUUGAUAGGAACCAACUCGGUGGUUCUGUGCCUGGAAGCCUUAACAAUCUAUCUUCCAUUCUUAUGCUGAAUUUGGCAAGCAACCGCUUGAUUGGUCCUAUACCUGAUCUUGGCAACAUGGGAGACCUUUGUUAUCUGGAUUUAAGCAACAAUUCUUUUGACGCAUCACUAGCACCACCAUGGCUCACAAUGAUGGAGUCUCUGACAACAAUAAUCAUGGAAAAUGGAGAUCUCGAAGGAGCGGUUCCGGAAUCCCUGUUCAACCUACCCUCAAUUCAGACUAUAAAGCUGAGGAACAAUUCAUUCAAUGGCACACUCACUUUGGGAAGAAUCAACACUCAGCUCCAGCUUGUAGAUUUGGAAAACAAUCAUAUCUCGAAGUUGAUGCCUGAAAAUUCUUACACGAACAGCAUAUGGCUUGCUGGGAAUCCAGUUUGUUACAGUUCUGAUUUGAGGUCCUGCAAGACACAGAUUCAGGAACCAGCGCCAUAUGAAACUAGCUCGAGAAAUUGUGGCCGUGAAUGUAAACGUGGCAUGAUGCCUAACCCAGAAAGCUGUGCGUGUUCGUAUCCUUAUACUGGAGUUCUGCAUUUCAGGGCAGUUUUCUUCUCAGACUUGUCCAAUAGUACCAUUUUCAAGUCGCUGGAGGAGGAACUCUGGAGACAACUUCUUCUGACACCGGGCUUCGUGUCCAUUUCCAGGCCAGAGUUUGAUGACUGCGACCAUCUAGAUGUGCAAUUUCGACUUUUCCCAUCAAGUGGUACGUCGUUUACCAGGGAAGAAGUCAUUGAAAUUGGGUUUUUCCUGAGCAAUCAAAACUUUGAACCACCGCAUGAAUUUGGACCAUACUGCUUCAUCAUGUCAGAUCUUUAUCCAUUUCUACUAGAUCCAAUUGGCCGGCGAUCUCUCAGUCCAAGCAUAAUCAUUGGAAUAGCAGUUGGUUGCUCUGUUUUGAUCUUCAUACUUGUUGGAGUAGGAAUUUAUGCCAUCCGGCAAAAGAAGCGUGCUGAAAGAGCCACAUUACAAAGCAGACCUUUUGCAUCCUGGAGAAACACGAGCACCAAAGGCAGUGGUCCAGAACCAGAAAUAAAAGGAGCUAGUUGUUUUUUGUACGAAGAGAUCAAGAAAUUCACAAACAAUUUCUCCGAAGGCAACAUAAUUGGAGUCGGUGGCUUUGGCCAAGUUUACAAGGGGAUACUUCCUAGCGGUGAGAUCGUAGCAAUCAAGAGAGCUAAAAAUGGAGUCAUGCAAGGUGGACUCGAGUUCAAGACUGAAAUUGAGCUGCUAUCAAGAGUUCAUCACAAAAAUCUAGUUAGCCUUGUGGGUUUCUGUUUUGACAAGGGCGAACAGAUGCUGGUUUAUGAAUUUAUUGCUAACGGGACCUUAACAGAUUGCUUGUCUGGAAAAAGUAAGAUACAACUUGACUGGCAUAAGCGGCUUCAAGUUUCUCUGGACUCAGCUACAGGACUAGCUUAUCUUCAUGAGCAUGCAAAUCCUCCAAUCAUUCACAGGGACGUGAAGUCCGCAAACAUUCUUCUUGAUGAGGACCUGACUGCAAAGGUUGCAGAUCUUGGUCUAUCAAAGCUCGUCCCGAACGUUGCCAAAGUGCAUAUCUCCGGUCAAGUUAAGGGCACCCUGGGGUACCUGGAUCCUGAGUAUUAUACAACUCAGAAGCUGACGGAGAAGAUAGAUGUGUACAGCUUCGGCGUGGUCAUGAUGGAGCUGAUAACAGGGAAGAAACCAAUCGAGAGGGGCAAGUACCUCGUCCGUGAGCUUCAAUUAGCCAUGGAUAGAUCCAAAGAACUCUAUGGCCUCGAAGACCUACUGGAUCCAGCCAUCAAGAAAGAAGGUGCUCUUAUUGGAUUCGAGAAAUUUGUGGAUUUAGCCUUGAGGUGCGUUGAGCAGACAGGAGUUAACCGGCCAAGCAUGCGAACGAUCGUAAUGGAACUGGAAAACAUUUUGCUGAAGGCGAUGGACAUGAACCCUGCAACGGCCAUAUCAUCUUUUCUUGAAUCCACAUCAAGCGAUCUUCAUCAUGGAUACAAUUAUCCACUCUCUAUCAGUGGGACAGAGAGCCAUACCUUCAGUAGCAGUGAUGUCUACACAUUCUCGAAAACAAUUGAACCAAAAUAGCAUGUUCACGUACCUUCUCAUCUACCAGGUACUGUUCGUUGUUGGGAAUGCAGUUGUUAUGACUGUUAUUACUUACGUGCCUAAGACUGGUGAGCGAUUAAGACUCUGCUUUUAUGUUCUAUUUUGGCAUUGCUUGCUUAAUAAUUUAUAUUUCAUGAAUGUAAAUAGUAAUCUGUGUUGCUUAAAA